CUUAGUCUGUGUUGUUGUGCUUUUGCCUUUUUUUUUUUUUUUCAAAGUAGCUGUUACACAACUGCCCCAGUAGCGUUGAUGCAGUGCUAACUGUGUACAGCCAGUGAUACUGUUGUGAACUUUCUGCUUUCCUGCUCAUUCGUCAGUGUCUGCUUUACGCGGCCUUUUGCUGACUACUAGGCAACAAAUGUGAGCACAGUAAAUCAUAAGCAAAGGUUGUAAGGGGAGCAUCCUGUGGCCCAUAUAGUGUGCACUAAUGAGGUGACCCAGCUCCAGGAGUGGUGCAGGUUACACUGAUGAGGCUCACUGCUAACUGUGAAGUAACAUAUGUGUGAGUUUGCAAAAAAAUAAAAAAAGUAAAGCAAAAACAGGUAUUUACAUCUACUCGGGUGGAAACGUUUUGGGGUUUCUUUCAUAUCCUUAAGGGGCUCCGUAAAUUUCAGAAAUAGCUCAUAUGCCAUAUACCAAACAGAAAGGUAAAAUUGGGAGGACAGGAAAGCAAUGUUCACAACUAUGGUUCUGUGACGACCAUCUCUAACAUGAACUGAUGAUAUUUGGAAUUUAGAGACAUAAAAUGAAUGAAACCAUAACCCUGAAGAAUAUUGUGGCAGAACACAUCACUGGUCACUUAAUAUGAUGUUCAACAAUGUCACUAUGGUAAAGGACAUUUUAUUUUACUUCACUGCAACUUUAAUUAUUUUAAUAUUUUGGCUUCUAUAUAAUAGGAAUAGUAAUAAUACGAACAUCCUAAAUAAGGUGGUUUGUUUGUAAUACCGCAUGUUUAAGUUUUCCAUGGGACAUUUGGAAAAUACUGUACUUUAAAGAAUGAACUGCCUUUUGUCCUCGUUUCUCAGACCCUCGCCGACUGUCCCACAGCGCAAAACACAUUGACACGAAGGAUUAUAAAGAGUUACAAAUAAAGUAUUUUAAAAUACAAAUAAAAUCAUCGUUAUAGCAGUCUCUUUGUGUGACUUGGACACCGCGGUGCUCAUUAACCUGACCAAACAACGCUAUUUAAACGCUGCCUCGCAAGCACUUGAGUGAUGCGUUCAAUGACCGACCUUUUCAAUAGAAAGUCUUGUGUUCAUCCUCUCCCCAGCCACCGGGCGGCGCCUGUGCGUCACAAAGUGUCACUCAGCUCCUGUCUGUCAGGCAGCAGUGAUGGCGGACGUGGAUGAUGUCGACGUGAUGAUGAACUACCACGGAGAUUUCUUAAAAGGCGAUAGAAAAAACGCCCGCUAUCCGUUCUGCAUUGUCUGGACGCCGAUCCCCUUUCUGUCGUGGCUGCUCCCAUUCAUUGGACACAUGGGUAUCUGCACCUCCGCUGGAGUCAUCCGGGAUUUUGCAGGAUCUUACUUUGUCUCUGAGGACAACAUGGGCUUUGGGAGACCAACAAAGUACUGGAAACUCGAUGUGGACAAAGUCUGUGGUAACGGCGCUGCGACGUGGGACAAAGCCGUACUUGAUGCAUCUGAAGAAUACAAGUGUAGGCCGCACAACCUUUGCUUCGAUAACUGCCAUUCCCAUGUUGCCAUGGCCCUCAACUUGAUGCGUUAUGACAACAGCACAUCCUGGAACAUGGUGAACCUGUGUGUGUUGUCGCUCGUUAACGGGAAACAUGUAAGCUGGGCAGCUUUUCUCAAGACCUGGCUCCCGUUCCUCAUGCUGUGUGGAGUCGUCGCAACCUUCGUCCUGACGUUCAACCUCCAGUAAUGGAGCCGGCAGUAUCCGUAGUCUGUCGUGCUUUGA